UGUGUUACUGUUUUCCAACGGUCCCUGAACUAGCAAUCCGUUAACGUUGUCCGGCUCCUGAUUCAAUGGUUUUCCUGUCUCACCGCAGCUUUUACGCUCACGAGACGUUAUUUUGAGUUCAACAAAAUAUCUGUUUAACAUCGAGUGAUCGUUAUGGCUGGCUGAUGUCAACCUAACAUCACCAUCGUUACCAAGUCUUCAUAUAAUAGCGCAAGGUUAAGUUAGCUAGCUAGCUAACUAGCUAGCUAUCUAUAUCUAUUUACUAGCAUUUUCGUUAUUGUUUGGGUCAUCCAUGAAUGAAUUUGAUCCGGUAUUUUUUUACGUAAAGAUUAUUAAGAGUAUUUUUGCUUCAAAAUGGACCUUAAUUUUUAUUCUGGACUUUCUGACGGCUGUGGUCAAAAUGUUGAUCCUGAGUUUUUGGACAGCCAAGCAUAUGCUGGAUACCCUGAGGGACAUAAGUUUUCAGAGGGUAGCGAUAGUUAUCUAACUAUAGGUGGCGGUGCUCAUCACUUUUUGUCCACCGAGCAGACUUUCCACACCCCCAGCCUUGGAGAUGAAGUUUUUGAGAUUCCGCCAAUCUCACUUGACCCAGACACAUCCCUCAGUAUUUCUGAAGCAGUGUCCCACUUCGAGUUGUCAGACGGCACUGUGGGACCUUCGGAUUCUCGUAACCUGGUUAGCAACCUGGUGGUGGGAGCUAAUGAUCCAUCUUUUGCAUCUCCGUUUGUAAACACCGGCUCCCAAGGCUUGGAACAUCUCAACAUGGGGACCAUGGCUCAGGCGAACGGAGGAGCCCUGCUCAGCUCCUCAUCAUUGGAGUUGGGCAACAGCAGCGGCUCCCAUUUCAGCAGCACGUCCCCAAUGACCAUUGAUGUUCAACUCGCCGACAUCACUCAUGGUCUUUUAGGAAGCGGUCAGCUCUCUACCAUUAACCAGACAGAGUUGGCGCUGGGUCUAGGAGAAGAAUGUGUAGGACCUCCCACCGGCACCUCAGAACCGCCACUGUCCGCGACACCGUCUCCAGCUGGCUCCUUACAAGAUGAGGACAUGGAUGACUUCAAGUUGGAAGCCCGGAAGCAUUGCAGCGCCAUCGGGGAUGCGUUCACAAAGCCAUUUCUCCAUGAAGCACAGGGCGGCGGAACAGAACGGAACAUCAUCAAUUGUAGGAGUGUGCUGGUAGACUCCCCCAUGUCUCUAUCCUCAUCCUUGGUCCUCUCCCAUCCAGCUGUCCAGUCCUCCAUCUCCCUGGCGACAGCCAAAAGGACCACAUCAGCUACAGUCUCCAAAACAGGCCGGCCCAAGAAAGACCCCAAUGAGCCGCAAAAGCCAGUUUCUGCAUAUGCUCUUUUCUUUAAAGACACCCAGGCUGCCAUCAAGGGCCAAAAUCCAAACGCUUCUUUUGGAGAGGUGUCAAAAAUUGUGGCUUCCAUGUGGGACAGUCUGGCCGAAGAACAGAAACAGGUGUAUAAAAAAAAGACUGAUACUGCCAAUCGGGAGUAUUUAAAAGCUCUGGCAGCUUAUCGAGCGAAUCAACUGUCACAGCCCACCUGUAAUGAGGUGGAGACCGCACCGUCGCCAUCUCAACCUGAUGUCAGUGAACCUGCUAGUCAUCAGGUCGUCCGUCCAGCAAAUAACCUCGAAGAAAACACCAUCACAAACAUUUGUGCCUCAAACAUCAUUCUGGAUAUACCGGAGAGGGCAACGCGUUCCCGCACGGGCGCAAACAAACCAGCACCGGCCCCAGCAGCCGCGGUCCCAUCCACCCAGACCGUCACCAAGAUCCUAAUCCCAAAACACAUGCUUCAGGCAGGGGGCCAGUUUGUCACUCUGCUGCCUGGCGGCAUCCAUACUUUGCAACCCACCCUCGUGGUGUCCGGCGGCCCGCGCCUGCCGCCUCCCCUGCAACAGAUGCAGAAUGCACCCCCGCCGCCACCGCUCCAACAGAUGGCGCCAGCGCCGCCGCGGUUGCUACAGGCCAAGCCUCGUGAGGGAGGAAGUGCGGCGGGACUCCCCGUGUCCGUCACUGCUGCCCCUCCGCCUCCGCUUCAGAUAAAAAUAGUUCCCUCCUCUUUGCAGAGAAAAGACACUCGGCCCAUCAUCAUCCCCGCCGCGGCUACAGUGGCGUCAACAGCGUUUGCGUCCACACUUCCGCCAGCAGUGCAGGUGGUGAAUUCUGCCGAGUCAGCAGGUCAGCAUGAUGAGGAGGUCAUCUCAGAGGGGCUGCCUUCUGAAGAGGGUGAGAUGGAGGUGAACGAGUCGUGCGAGGACACCACUGUGCCGUGCAUGUGCGUGAGGUCCGGCUGCACAAACCCAGCGGUGGAGAGCGAAGACUGGGACAAAGAAUACUGCAGCAACGAGUGUGUGGCCUCUCACUGCAGUGAUAUUUUCAAGGCGUGGUGCUCCAUCAGGAGUCAGACCAUGGGAACGGUAAAAUAAACGGCAUUAUCGACUGUUGUCGCACUGCAACAUGGACAUUGUUACUGUUUAGGAUAAUUCAAGAAGGCUGACAUUUUUUGGGUGCGCUAUAAACUCCUGAAUAGGAAUAUAUAUAUCCUGUAGUGAGGCACCUGGAGUUCUUUGAUGCAUCCAGUGUUGUUCAACGCAAAUUUGUGUGUGGACUUUAAUGAUGUCCUUGAAAAAAAACCCAAAAAAAAACAUUUAUUUCUUGUGCUCUGAAAAUUUGCAUUUGUUUUUCUGUAAUCAGAGUUUAUUAGUUUAGUUGACUUGCCUGACUUCAGUCUAGGCAGUGUGGGUUCGGUUGCGUCACGGUCACAGUGUGAAUGUGAAUGGUUGUCUGUCUUUGUAUAUGUUCCCUGUGACUUUGACUGGCGACCAGCCCGGGGUGUAGUCCGCCUCUUGCCUAAAGUCAGCUGGGAUAUGUGUUGAGUAUGGCGUAAGAUGGAAAAUGGAUGGAGUUUAGCAAACAGAUGACUGUGAUGUGUUAUUUAUAGAUGGUCUGUGUUUUGUACAUAAAACAAGAGACUUUAUAGAUUUCUGUUGUUCACUAGUUGGCUGAAAAAUCCCUUCCUUGGUUUGAAUGACGUUUCAGUGUGCUGUUAGUACAGUUAGACAUUCCUUGCUGAUCUUUGCGAACUAAACAUUUUUAUAAUAUAAAGGACUACUUGCACUAAGGGAAUGCAUAUAGAAACUAUCUUUUGAAAGAGAAUAUUCCAUUCAAAUGGAACUUAGUGCAGUUGUUUGAUAGAUGUGACAACUGCCGCCACUAGUCUGUGUCAUUCUUUUGACAUUAUACACCAACAUGGGAAUGGGAUGGAACAAAAUGUCAGCAGUGUCGCCAACCACAUUGAAAAGCUGCUUGUGGAAAAGGAGCUUUAAAAGCAUUUAUUUUCAUGCUGCAUUCAAAAGUAAAAGUAGUCAGAAAGUGUUCAUCUGUUGUCAAAGAUACCUGAAAAUAAAGAAUGCCGGACUCCUGUAUUGUUGUUGGCGUAUACAUAUUUUUUUAUGUACCUCGGGAAUAAACGUUACAAUGCAGCUCUCGGCAAUUCUUACUAAGUAGAAAACAAACAACUGUACUGUGUGAAAGAGCUUCAAAUGGGAGGUUCGAUUGUUCAAGGUUGCACAUGCCUACAGUAUUGGGUGCAGCUGUACAGACAAGCAACGACUAUAGUGUAGUUUAUUUCCAGAGAAAAACAUGGCGAGUGAGAUAAGCGGGAGGAUCUAACCUUGAUGAGGCAACUACUGCCGCUUGAAAGAAUAGCAGGAAGUUGAGUGGUUUAUAAAAUAGUUACGCAGCAGACAAUGGUGACUGAUUUUCUACUCUUUUACGAGCAUCUGCAGAGAAACGGGUGGUAUUCUACCUGAAGGGGACGAGCCCUUUGUUCUCUCAGCUUUUUAAAAUCGUCUAACAUUGUGAAUGAAGUCCGGGUUCAGAAACUCCUGCUUUACUAGACUGGAAGCAGAGCAACAAUGUAUUUUGCAUCUUUAGUUAGAAGUGUAUUGUUUUUGUCAUACUUCUGUACAUACUGGUAGAAUGAAUAAAAGAUGCAAGUGAAAGUCA